ACCUCAAGGGUGCAAAACUGUUGACGUAUCGUGAAGUAAACUGGGAAACUGGGUAAGACCCUAACCUCUAAAAAUCUCCAUCGUUUCUGGAGGAAAAGUCCUCGAAUAAGUUGAUGACAUAGAAAUUGCGUGAGUACUUAAGUAGUCUGCAAAAAUGCAGCACAACGUACCGCUGAAUCCGGUGCAGCUCGACCCGUCGACAGCGUUAAAAAUAACGAUGGGAGGUUCGAUGUUCCAAGAGCGAUCUUUGAUGGGUCGUCCGGAUGUCUGGCAUAAAAUAAAAGUAAUCCGAGGAGCUCGGUAUGAAAAGGAUUUCAUUCUGAAACUAAUAAUCAACGCUGUUGAACCAGCUGAUCUGAUCCCAGUGAGAUACCAUGUAAGUGGUCAAGACAGUGCCUUCAUAGCGAGAAACUGCGGUCCGGCGCUUGACAAGCUCUGCAGAUCAAAUCUGAUCAUUAGUAACCCAAGCGGCGAUCCUCUGAUAAUCAGUAUCACUUUGGGCUUUGCCUCCAUCCAUGACCUUAAGGUCAAUAUACAGGCCCUCCUGCUCGCUGCACUGAAUCGUCGUUACGAUUCAAAAAGGAAGAUAUUACACCUGGAUAGGUUCCACAAGGACAUAGAGAUGUCGAAGACAGUUUAUUGCCCCUUGUCGCAGCUCAGGACAUUCAGCUACGUCCUAAAGGUGGCAAAGAACGCGCUCAGCGGUUUUGAACACCUGAACCUACAACGUAACGAACUCCUCAGCUUGUCCUCUAUUGAGAGUUCCAACUUAAGUCCAAUGUUGAAGUCACUGGAUCUGAGAUACAACAAGCUCAUGGGUAUGGAAGCAUUGACACCGCUCAGGGGACUCAAGAUAACGGACAUAUGGCUCGACGGUAAUCCCGUGUGCGAGAAUUACUCCAGUCCUGAAAAAUAUAUUGAAUCUGCUAGGCGAUAUUGUCCGCACUUAACCAAACUGGAUGGGGUCUACAUAGGGGCACCUGGAAUGCCACUCACUUAUAAUACGUAUUUUAGCAACGGAGAGAAAAAAAAACUAGUCAAUCAAUUUGUCCAGCACUUUUUCACCCUCUACGAUCAGAGCGACAGAAUGAUAUUAAGAGGCUUGUAUCACAAAGAUGCAUUGUAUUCCAUGACACUCGGCAUCCCACCUGCUCUCGCUGCAAAAAAGAAUCUCAACAAAUUCAUAGCCGAGAAUAGAAAUCUUACAAAACUUACGGACUUUGCCAAAAGUCAUCAACUCCUUUUCCGUGGUCCCGAAGCAAUUCUUAAGGCCUUGAACAGGCUGCCGCAAUCUUCGCAUGACCGCAACUCGUUCAAAUAUGACUUGAUGUAUGAUUGUAAUAAUUAUAUUGCCAUCACAGUGGAAGGAGUAUUCAGGGCGCUCGACAACAAAACGACUCAAGUUUUGUCAUUCAACAGAACGUUCAUAUUGAGGGAGGGAGAAGACGACGAGUAUAACAUCGUCAACGAUCAGUACCAUGUGGACUUUGGACCUCUGGGCCGGUUGGCAGAGACUUAUCAAGAUGAAGCAAUUGAAAAUAUUUCGAAACCAUCUUGUUUCAGUCGUACAGAGAAAAAUGAAUUGAAAGAAACCCUGAGAGACGUUUCGACGAUGAAUCGUGAGUGGUGCACAAUGUACUUGGAAGAUGCAGGCUGGAAUUUGCAUAAGGCAAUUGCUGAUUUUGUUGAGAACUAUAAGAAAUGUGGCGUGCCACCUGAAGCAUUUCAAAAGUGAUGAUGGUCAGAGGUUUCUUUCCUGAAAAAGUACAAUUGUAUGGUUGGAUGUUAUUUAUGUGAUACAUAAGACAAUUGCCAAACAUAAGUAAAAUGCAAGGACUGUAUAUUGCCCACGAUAAAGUUUGCUUUACAGAUCUGCAAACAACCAUGUGAGGCAGAUAAUUCUUAUCAAAAUAAGGCUGUAAAAUUUUACUUGUGAGGUUUUGUAAAUAUUAAAAAAAUAAAAGCAAGUAAAGAAUCCACCAUUCAUUCUAUCCAUUAGA